AUGGUUCUUGUCGAAUAUCUGCGGCAAUGCACAUUGUGCAGCAGAAGUCAGCAUUCGAGCUCCGAGGCCUGCGAUGAUUAUCAGCAUCGAGUGCCAUGUGAAGGCACAGCAAUCAAGGCAAACGUUGAAUGGAAUCAGGUCAUGUUGGACGAUGAAGACCAAGGGGAUUGCAUAAUGGCCCUGCAUGUUGAAGAGGGCUUGCUAUUGUUCGUGUACGGAUGCCGUCAGGUCUUGCGAGACACAUAUCGCAGAUUCGGCGGUCAGGCAGAACCUGUCGGCGAGGCGCAGUCCAGCAAGAUGCCUGGGGUCUUGUGUAUGAGCAGCAUGUUGCCGGACUUGGUGGUCGCACGGCCAGUGCGCGCUCGUGUAGCGAUGUCUCAUAAUGAAGCCCUGAAGGAUGUGUCGGAUUCGACCGGUCACUGGGUCGAUGCUGUCCUAGGCUCGAGCCAGUACGGCCUGUCCUGCUAA